UUAUUGUCGGGAUUCGAAAACAAUGCAGACGAGUUUUUCGGGCAUUCAAGUGACGAAAUCCUGAAAAAAGGAAAUAUUAUUAUGGAAGCUUAUGCUUACGAAGAAACUGCUUCUUCAUUAUCCCAAUCUGAAAGUACUACUUCACAACAGGCUGUAUCUAAUCCUGCCGUAGCUUAUAUUCAUAGUAAAGAAUUUGAAGCCCAUUUAAAUAAGCAUCCUAGACUAUACGGAACGGUAACUGUUACACAUAACUUAAUCAAAGCAUAUCAACUGUUGGAUCAUGUAACUGUCAUUCAGCCAAAUUUCGCUACAGUUGAAGAACUGAAAUCAUUUCAUUCAGAAGAAUACAUAGACUUUCUUAAAAAAAUUAAUGAUCUCAGUGAAGAAGAAUUGCUGGAUGAGGAGGAAGAAGAAAUGGAAAAAUAUGGGAUAGGCUAUGACUGCCCCUUUAUUCCUCAAAUAUUUGAUGCAGCUUCAAUGAUUGGUGGAGCUACAGUAACAGCUGCAAAGGCAUUACUUAGUGGAGAAUAUCAAAUAGCUGUGAAUUGGGGUGGAGGCUGGCAUCAUGCCAAAAAGGAUCAAGCUGAUGGUUUUUGUUAUGUUAAUGAUAUUGUCCUUGGUAUAUUGCAACUAUUGAAAAAAUACAAACGUGUUCUAUAUGUAGAUUUAGAUCUUCACCAUGGGGAUGGUGUAGAAGAAGCAUUUGCUCAUACUUCUAGAGUUUUGUGUUUCUCAAUACAUAAAAAUGAAAUAGGAUUUUAUCCUGGUACAGGACUUUUAAAUGACAUUGGCUAUGGUAAAGGAAAACAUUAUACAAUCAAUGUGCCCCUAUAUGAUGGUAUUCAGGAUUCUCAGUAUAUAGAAUUGAUAAUUCCUCUCUUAUCAAAAACACAAAAGAAAUUCCAGCCAGAUAUUGUUGUUUGUCAGUGUGGCGCCGAUACUCUCGCUGGAGAUCCAUUUGCAGCUUUUAAUCUAACACUGAAAGCUCCAGCAGAGUGCAUCAAGUUACUUAAAUCUUGGAAUAUUCCACUACUAGCUCUUGGAGGAGGUGGCUAUAAUGCUGUAAAUACUGCAAGAUGUUGGACCUAUCUCCUUUCAAUACUUCUUGAUAAGACUGUGGAGUCGGACAUUCCAGAUCAUAAGUAUUUGAUGAAGUAUGGUCCAGACUAUGAAAUACAAAUAUGUCCCAGAACAAUGCCUAAUAGAAAUUCAACUGAACAUCUGAAGUUAAUUACAGAUACUGUUUUAAAAAAUAUAGAUUAUAUUCAGGGGCCAUCUUCUGAUAUAGCUGCAUCUUGAAAACAAGAAUCUUGCAUGUGACAGUUGGUUGUAUCAAAAGAAUUGUGCCAAGAAGAUUAUCAAAAUAUUUAGCAUGUUCAAGUCAGUGAACGUUCUCUCUCUUUAAAAAAAAUGUGCCAUUAUGAAUUUUUAACUUUUUAGCACAUUGAUGAUUUAGUGUGGGAAAUGGCUUUUGACUUGAAAAAUGACUUUUAAGUAUAAUAACUUAAAAAUAUGAAAUGAACUUUAAAUGGCUUAUAUUAAGCAUGCUUCAUUUUUAUUGUGUGCUAUUUAUAGUAUAAUAAUCAUGAAUUUGAAAGAAAAGUAUUCAUUUAAAUAAGAUUUAACCUGUAUAACUUGUCUAAGUGUAAUUUAAUAUUAAUAUUUGUUUGUGGUCUUUUUUAUUUGGGCAAUGUAUUGUAUCCUUAUUACUCCAUAUUUGUGAAUCCUACAAUAUUUUACUAGCACUAGUGUUAUACUUAAAGCUAUUUAUGUUAUAGCACUUGUGUAUUUUUCUAUUUAAUUACAUUUAGAAGGAUCGAAAUAUUCAUUUACUUACAUUGCCUAGAAAAAUUUGACAUGAUCUAAGAGCCUUGUCAAUGGCAGGAUCUCACCAUGAAGCUCAAAGAUACCUGUGAUUUUUUUCCUCUUCAUUUUUGCCCUAUAUAUUAUGUUUAAUCUGUGUAAUUUGGUUCUCUCCUGCCAGAGCUUAUAUGAAUGCAUUAAUCUUGAAAGAGUAUAGUUUUUUUUUAAAUAUUUAAUUAUUAUCUGCUUCACAAUUGAAUUUUUUUAAAUAAAUUUUAUCUGUAUUAAAGUAAACCGAAAAUAAAAAAUAAAAAAAACUCCACAUACUACAGUAUUUGACUUUUGAGUAAUUUAUCUCAGAAUGUAUACAGUUUCUGUGGAUUUAAAUAAGCACUUCAAAUAUUUUAUUUGAAAAUGAGAAAUCUUUAGAAUUAUUUUUGUUGAACUCUUAAACAUUGCCUAGUCCUUUUGAAGUUUAGUUUAAUAUAAAGUAUAUCAAAUCAGAAUCAAAAUCUUUGUAAUGAACUAAUCAAAUCUUCCAUUUACAGUAUGCAAAUAUUUUAAUAAAUUUAAAAAGCAAUGUUUUGGAGAACUUUCCUGUAUUUAAUGCUUGGUAUGCAUUAUUUUUUUAUUAUGUAUUUUGGAAUCUGAGCGAUUUUUUAAAAAUAUCUAUCAAAAGUAUUUCUUAUAUUUAUAUAUAUAUUGAUGAUUUUUCAUUUUUUAUAUCUUCUAGUAAAAGAUUCAUAAAAUUAGAUUACAUUGUUAAUUUUUAAGUAAAAUAUGGUUUCAUUCAAGUUUCAACAUCUUCAAAGUAAUGCAUUUGUUUGAUUUACAUGAUAAUUAUUUUGUAUAUUAGUUGUACAACUUACGAGGCAUUUAUACAGGAUGUCCACUGUAAUCUAAUUCAUAUUAGGCAAUUCUCAUAUAGUUAGAGAAGGCAUAUACUUGCUAUUGGGGAAAUGCUCUAAAUGACAUGAAGGAAAUAUGUUUUGAGCUAAUAGAUGCUCUAAAAAAUUCAGAUGUUUAAAUUUUAUACAGUUUCUGGUCUAAUUUAAUAAAAUAAUCUUUACAUAUUUAUUUUUCAAAAGUUCCAUUCUUCUAUGACCAAAUUAUGAAGUCUUGGAUUUCAUUAUUUUAAUUCAAUCGCUGGCCAUUUCGAACAAGUACUGUUUGUUGAUUUUUGUAUCUUCCUUCAGGGAGCCAAUGAAAUUGUCUAAAAAAAAACUGAUAUUCUAAAGCUUCCUAAUUCAUAUGAAUUUAAUUUAAUUGCAGAAAUACGAAACUUUUUCAUUUUAUUAUUAUAUUUCAAUAAUAUGACAUCAUUUAUAGCCUUUCUCAAUUUAGAAGUAUAUGUCUAUAUAAUGGUUUAGAAAUUAAUUAUAAAAAUACUUUCACUGUCAAGAAUCAUAGAUAACUUAUUUUUUCUAAAUCAGAAUCAAGAAAAGCAUUCUUUUGUUUGUCUAGUCGUCACAGACAUAGUAUCUUGUUACAUUUUUCUCCACGCCUUGUAUUUCUGAAAUAAUUGUGCUAAUGUUUAUAGCAGUGAUAUCUGUUUUCUUAAAGCUUCCUUUUUAAUUACAUUUUAUCCAUUUUAAAAUGACAGGUAAAUGAUUUGCUUAUGAACUAUGCAACUAUUUUUUUAGAAAUUGAUCUUAGCCAUAUCCUAUUUUGUAUUUCUUAAAAAUAUUUAUGAUUUUUAACACUUAUGUUUUAAUUAUACCUGUUAUACUUGACACAGAUUUGCCUUGUUUUACAUUUUAUGUAAAUACAUUGUGAUAUGUCUCUGAGAAUUUACAGUUCAUUCCUUUAUGUAAGUAUGUGGGUGUUCAUAUACUCAAGUUCAGGCUUUUGCCUGACUGCAGCAUGGAAAUGUUUUUGUCUUAAAACUUUUUCUCUGCAAUUUGUUACUGAAAAUGUUAAAUAAAAAUUUAUUGUUAAAAA